AUGCUCGGGGGAGAGGGAGAGAGCGGCUCCUACUCUGCCAAAGCCGCGGCGGAGGAGAGGCGGAAGUCUCCGGGCGGGGACGCGGAGGAGUCUUCAGCCGGGAACAGGUACGCGGAGCCCGGGAUGGGGUCCGACCGCUACUACGCCCCCCCCGGGGCGUCCAAACAGAGCCCGGAAACGGCCAGCCCCUGCUCCUUCGUCCCGUACGCCCCCCCCGGGACGGUGUACGCCCCGCCCGCCGCCGGCAGGUACCCGUCGCCCCUCCACCUGGGCUCCGUGCUGCCCCCCGCGGGCUUCUCCCCCCCGGCCGCCGGCCGCGGGCCCUUCGGCCCGCCCUACCCGCUGGGGCCGGCGGCCGGCGGCCUCUACCCGCCCUACCCCGGCUCCGGGGGGCCGGCUCUGGGCAGCGUGGCUCUGCCCGGAGCCGGGCCGGGGAUGAGGGCCCAGGUGUACCUCUGCAACAGAGCCCUGUGGCUCAAGUUCCACCGGCACCAGACCGAGAUGAUCAUCACCAAGCAGGGCAGGCGGAUGUUUCCUUUCCUCAGCUUUAACAUGGCCGGACUCAACGUGACCGGACAUUACAACGUGUUUGUGGAGGUGGUGCUGGCGGACCCCAACCACUGGAGGUUCCAGGGUGGGAAGUGGGUCACCUGUGGGAAGGCUGACAACAGCAGUCAAGGGAACAAAGUCUACAUCCACCCAGAGUCUCCAAACACAGGGGCCCACUGGAUGAGACAAGAAAUCUCCUUCAGCAAACUCAAACUCACCAACAACAAAGGGACCACGCACAACACAUCCCAGAUGAUCGUCCUGCAGUCCCUGCAUAAGUACCAGCCGCGGCUGCACAUCGUGGAGGUGACGGAGGAUGGCGCGGAGGCCAUCGGCGGAGACGUGAAGACGCAGUGCUUCACUUUCCCAGAGACCCAGUUCAUAGCGGUCACCGCCUACCAGAACACCGACAUAACACAGCUGAAAAUUGAUCACAACCCUUUUGCCAAAGGAUUCAGAGAUAAUUAUGAUUCAAUGUACACAGCUCCAGAAAAUGACCGUCUGACUCCAUCUCCAAACGACUCCCCCCGUGCCCAUCAGAUCGUCCCGGGCACGCGCUACACCAUGCAGCCCCUCUUCCAGGACCAGUUUGUCAACAACCUUCCGCAGAAUCGCUUCUACAACUGCGAGAGAGCAGUGCCGCAGACCAACAGCCUCCUCUCGCCUCAGACAGAGGACGGAACCUCGCAGAGGUGGUUUGUGGCCUCUAUGCAGCAAGGUGCAAACGGCACCGGUGCAGCCAACAAGCUCGACCUGACCCCGUACGAGGGGGACUAUUCCAGCUCCCUUCUUCCGUACGGCAUCAAAUCACUGUCCAUGCAAACCCCUCACGCCCUCAGCUACUACCCAGACUCUGCUUUUACCACAAUGUCUGCAGGCUGGGGGUCCAGAUCAGCAUACCAAAGAAAAGUCACGCCCAGCCUGCCGUGGUCUCCCAGGCCCAGCCCCACUGCUGGCUUCCCAGAAGACUCAGAGAAAGUUAAGUUACAGAUAGAGGAGGAGGUGAACGGCAGCGAGGCCCUGAUCAGCCCCUGGACUGAGAGCCAGCCGUCAGCUCUCUCCCCAGACAAGGCCGAUUCCUAUUCCAUGGCGUGCAAGCGAAGGCGUUUGUCUCUCAACGGUCAGCGCACAGAGGACUCGCCCACCAAGUGUGAGGACUUAACCUCUGCUGCCACCAGUAGCCCCUACAAAGACCCCCAGUCCAAAGGCAUGCCGGCUUACUAUUCCUUUUACACAAACCAUUGAGUCUCGCCCAUCAAAAGACAACCCUGUGAUGUGACAUAUUUUCUAUUGCGUGUCAUCAGAUGAUUUCAGUUGUGACAAAUGUUUUGUCGUUGGGAAGACAGAAAGAAAGAGUCAAUGACAAGAAAAUACAAAUCUCUAUCAUUCAAGUGAUGACACAAUAAGCAUUACCAUCUUGAGAUGUUAGCUUAAUUAGUCUGUGUCCUGUUUUUAUUUCUAAAUGCCUCAUUUCUGUAAAUGUAUUUGGAAUUGCGCAACAUAGCAUUUCUUCAAAGUGCUCUCAUUCUCUCUUUAUUUUCUAAAAGAGCGCCAUACAUGUUUUAUUAUUGUAUACGUUUACGUAUCUACCUUUCAAGUGAGAUUAUGUGUUUACAGAUUAUUUAUUGAAGGCCAGUUCCUAUGAAAUGCCUGCACUCUUUAAAUGUGAGAAUAUUUUACUCUAUGUAACCUCACGG